GUUUCGACUCUGCCCUGCGAUCCCUCUUACUGCUGGCGCUGUAGGAGGCCGGCUGCUAUGGCGGCGCUGGUGUUGGAGGACGGCACGGUGGUGCGGGGCCAGCCCUUCGGGGCGUCCGUGGCAGCCGCCGGGGAAGUGGUCUUCCAGACGGGCAUGGUCGGCUACCCCGAGGCGCUCACCGACCCCUCCUACCAGGCCCAGAUCCUCGUCCUCACCUACCCGCUGAUCGGCAACUACGGGGUCCCCUCCGACCACCCGGACGAGUUCGGCCUCAGCCAGUGGUUCGAAUCGUCGGGGAUCCAUGUGGCGGGGCUGGUGGUGGGGGAAUGCUGCCCUACACCCAGCCACUGGAGUACCAACCGCACCCUGCACCGGUGGCUGAAGGAACAUGGUGUCCCUGGCUUGGAAGGUGUGGACACGCGGGAACUGACCAAGAAGCUGCGGGAGCAGGGCUCCCUCCUGGGAAAGCUGGUGCAGGAUGGGACGGAUCCUACCGCCCUUCCCUUCCUGGACCCCAACGCCCUGCCCCUGGUGCCUGAGGUCUCCAUUAAGGCUCCGCGGGUGUACAACGCCGGGGGGACGCCGAGGAUCCUCGCCCUGGACUGCGGCCUCAAGUUCAAUCAGAUCCGCUGCUUAUGCCAGCGGGGUGCCGAGGUCACCGUGGUGCCCUGGGACCACCCUUUGGACAGCCAGGACUACGGAGGUCUGUUCCUGAGUAACGGCCCCGGGGACCCGGCCUCCUGCCCCGGCGUGGUGGCUGCACUGAGCCGCGUCCUGGCCCGGCCCAAACCCCGGCCUAUCUUCGGCAUCUGCCUGGGACACCAGCUGCUGGCAUUGGCCAUCGGGGCCAAGACUUACAAGAUGAGGUACGGUAAUCGGGGUCACAAUCAGCCGUGCCUGCUGGAGGGCUCCGGCCGCUGCUUCCUGACAUCCCAGAAUCACGGCUUUGCGGUAGCCCCGGACUCGCUGCCCGCCGGGUGGGCCCCCCUCUUUACCAACGCCAACGACCGCUCCAAUGAAGGCAUCGUGCACGAGAGGCUGCCGUUCUUCAGUGUCCAGUUCCACCCGGAGCAUCGAGCCGGCCCCUCGGACAUGGAGUUGCUGUUUGACAUCUUCCUGGAAACCGUCAAGGAGAACAACACCGGGGCGCCCGGGAAUAAGACGGUGCGGGAGCGGCUGACGGCGCGGCUCUGCCCUCCGGAUGCCCUGUCCCCCGGGGAAGCCGCUCCUCCCCCCCGCAAGGUGCUCAUCCUCGGUUCCGGAGGCCUCUCCAUCGGCCAGGCUGGAGAAUUCGACUAUUCCGGCUCCCAGGCGAUCAAGGCUCUGAAAGAGGAGAACAUCCAGACCCUAUUGAUCAAUCCCAACAUCGCCACGGUGCAGACCUCACAGGGCCUGGCUGACAAAGUGUACUUCCUGCCCAUCACCCCCCAUUAUGUGACGCAGGUGAUCCGGAACGAACGUCCAGAUGGCAUAUUGCUGACGUUUGGGGGCCAGACGGCCCUGAACUGCGGGGUGGAACUGACCAAAGAGGGCGUGCUGGCCCGCUACGGAGUGCGGGUCUUAGGCACCCCGGUGGAGACCAUCGAGCUGACGGAAGACCGGCGGGCCUUUGCCGCCAGAAUGGCCGAGAUCGGGGAGCACGUGGCCCCCAGCGAGGCAGCCAACUCUCUGGAGCAGGCCCAGGCGGCGGCAGAGCGACUGGGGUACCCGGUGCUGGUGCGGGCCGCUUUCGCGCUCGGCGGGCUGGGCUCCGGCUUCGCCUCCACGCGGGAGGAGCUGUCGGCCCUGGUGGCCCCGGCCUUCGCCCAUACCAGCCAGGUGCUGGUGGACAAGUCCCUGAAGGGGUGGAAGGAGAUCGAGUACGAGGUCGUGAGGGACGCCUACGGCAACUGCGUAACUGUGUGUAACAUGGAGAACCUAGACCCCCUGGGAAUCCACACGGGCGAGUCGAUCGUGGUCGCGCCGAGCCAGACUCUGAACGACCGGGAGUACCAGCUGCUGCGGCAGACGGCCAUUAAAGUGACUCAGCACCUGGGCAUCAUAGGGGAGUGCAACGUUCAGUACGCCCUGAAUCCCGAGUCGGAGCAGUAUUACAUCAUCGAAGUGAAUGCCAGGCUCUCUCGCAGUUCAGCCCUUGCCAGCAAGGCCACUGGCUACCCCUUGGCUUACGUGGCAGCAAAGCUGGCUCUGGGCAUCCCUCUGCCCGAACUCAGGAACUCCGUGACAGGGGGGACGGCAGCGUUUGAGCCCAGCCUGGAUUACUGUGUGGUGAAGGUGCCGCGCUGGGACCUCAGCAAAUUCUUGAGAGUCAGCACUAAGAUCGGCAGCUGCAUGAAGAGCGUCGGUGAGGUUAUGGCGAUCGGACGUGGCUUUGAGGAGGCGUUCCAGAAGGCGCUGCGCAUGGUGGACGAGAACUGCGUCGGCUUCGACCACACGGUGAAGCCCGUGAGCGACAUGGAGUUGGAGACGCCAACCGACAAACGGAUUUUCGUGGUGGCGGCGGCGCUGUGGGCCGGCUACUCCGUGGAGCGGCUCUACGGCCUGACGCGCAUAGACCGCUGGUUCCUGCAUCGCAUGCAGCGCAUAGUGGAGCACACCCGGCAGCUGCAGCAGCACCGCGGCCAGCCCCUGCCGCCCGCUCUGCUGCAUCGGGCCAAGCGGCUCGGCUUCUCUGACAAACAGAUCGCCCUGGCUGUGCUCAGCACCGAGCUGGCCGUGCGGAAGCUGCGCCAGGACUUGGGGAUCCGUCCCGCGGUGAAGCAGAUCGACACGGUGGCCGCGGAGUGGCCGGCCCAGACCAACUACCUCUACCUGACCUACGGAGGGUCCGACCACGACCUGGCCUUCCGGACCCCCCACGUCCUGGUCCUCGGUUCCGGCGUCUACCGCAUCGGCUCCAGCGUGGAGUUUGACUGGUGCGCGGUGGGCUGCAUCCGGCAGCUCCGCAAGAUGGGCUAUAAAACCAUCAUGGUGAACUACAACCCCGAGACCGUCAGCACCGACUACGACAUGUGUGACCGGCUGUACUUCGACGAGAUCUCUUUCGAGGUGGUGAUGGACAUCUACGAGCUGGAGAACCCCGAGGGGGUGAUCCUGUCGAUGGGCGGGCAGCUGCCCAACAACAUGGCCAUGGCCCUGCACCGGCAGCAGUGCCGGGUCCUGGGCACCUCCCCCGAAGCCAUCGAUUCCGCCGAGAACCGUUUCAAGUUCUCUCGGCUCCUGGACACCAUCGGCAUCAGCCAGCCCCAGUGGCGGGAGCUCAGCGACAUGGAGUCGGCCCGCCAGUUCUGCCAGACCGUAGGGUACCCGUGCGUGGUGCGCCCUUCGUACGUGCUGAGUGGCGCUGCCAUGAACGUGGCCUACACGGACGGGGACCUGGAGCGCUUCCUGAGCAGCGCCGCCGCCGUCUCCAAGGAGCAGCCCGUGGUCAUCUCCAAGUUCAUCCAGGAGGCCAAGGAGAUCGAUGUGGAUGCGGUGGCCUGUGAUGGUGUGGUGGUGGCCGUGGCCAUCUCGGAGCACGUGGAGAACGCGGGGGUCCACUCGGGGGACGCCACCCUGGUGACCCCACCCCAGGACAUCACUCCCAAGACCCUGGAGCGGAUCAAAGCCAUCGUCCACUCUGUGGGGCAGGAGCUUCAGGUCACGGGGCCCUUCAACCUGCAGCUCAUCGCCAAGGACGACCAGCUGAAGGUCAUCGAAUGCAACGUCCGAGUUUCCCGCUCUUUCCCCUUCGUCUCUAAGACGCUUGGGGUGGACCUGGUGGCCCUGGCCACGCGGAUCAUCAUGGGCGAGGAGGUGGAGCCUGUGGGGCUCAUGGCUGGCACUGGAGUCGUGGGGGUCAAGGUGCCCCAGUUCUCGUUCUCCCGCCUGGCCGGGGCGGACGUGGUGCUGGGGGUGGAGAUGACCAGCACGGGGGAGGUGGCCGGCUUCGGAGAGAACCGCUGCGAGGCCUACCUAAAGGCCAUGCUCAGCACCGGCUUCAAGAUCCCCAAGAAGAACAUCUUGCUGACCAUCGGCAGCUACAAGAACAAGAGCGAGCUGCUCCCCACGGUGCGGCUGCUGGAGAGCCUGGGCUACAGCCUGUACGCCAGCCUGGGCACGGCCGACUUCUACACCGAGCACGGCGUCAAGGUGACGGCGGUGGACUGGCACUUCGAGGAGGGGGUGGACGGGGAGUGCCCCCCUCAGCGCAGCAUCCUGGAGCAGCUGGCCGAGAACCACUUCGAGCUGGUGAUCAACCUGUCCAUGCGCGGGGCCUGCGGUCGGCGCCUCUCCUCCUUCGUCACCAAGGGCUACCGCACCCGCCGGCUGGCGGCCGACUUCUCCGUGCCCCUCAUCAUCGACAUCAAGUGCACCAAGCUCUUCGUCGAGGCACUGGGACAGAUCGGCCCAGCACCCCCUCUCAAGGUGCACGUGGACUGCAUGACCUCACAGAAGCUGGUCCGGCUGCCCGGCCUGAUCGACGUGCACGUGCACCUGCGGGAGCCGGGGGGCACCCACAAGGAGGACUUCGCAUCAGGCACCGCGGCGGCGCUCGCCGGGGGGGUCACCAUGGUCUGCGCCAUGCCCAAUACCCGGCCUCCCGUCACUGACGCCCCCUCCCUGGCCCUCGCACAGAAACUGGCAGAGGCCGGGGCCCGCUGCGACUUCGCCCUGUUCCUUGGGGCCUCGGUGGAGAACGUGGGGGCACUGGGGGCGCUGGCCCCUGCCGCCGCCGGGCUGAAGCUGUAUCUGAACGAGACCUUCUCCGAGCUGCGCCUGGACAGCCUGGCGCAGUGGAUGGAGCACUUUGAGAUGUGGCCCUCCCACCUGCCUAUCGUGGCCCACGCCGAGCGGCAGAGCGUGGCGGCCGUUCUCAUGGUGGCCCAGCUGGCCCAGCGCCCCGUCCACAUCUGCCACGUGGCUCGGAAAGAAGAGAUCCUGCUGAUCAAAGCUGCGAAGGCCCGAGGGCUGCCGGUGACCUGCGAGGUGACGCCCCACCACCUGUUCCUCAGCCGAGAGGACCUGGGGCGGCUCGGGGCCGGCCGGGCGGAGGUGCGGCCCGAGCUGGGCACCCCGCAGGACGUGGAGGCGCUCUGGGACAACAUGGACGUCGUCGACUGCUUCGCCACCGAUCACGCCCCCCACACCCUGGAAGAGAAAACCGGGCCCACCCCACCCCCGGGCUUCCCCGGGCUGGAGACCAUGUUGCCCCUGCUGCUGACGGCCGUGAGCGAGGGCCGGCUCAGCCUGGAAGACCUGCUGCAGCGACUGCACCACAAUCCUCGGCGCAUCUUCCACCUGCCCGCCCAGGAGGACACGUACAUAGAGGUGGACCUGGAGCACGAGUGGACCAUCCCCAGCCACCUGCCCUUCUCCAAGGCGCGCUGGACCCCCUUCGAGGGGCAGCGGGUGAAGGGCACCGUCCGCCGGGUGGUGCUGCGCGGCGAGGUUGCCUACAUCGACGGCCAGGUCCUGGUGCCCCCGGGCUACGGACAGGACGUGCGGAAGUGGCCUCAAGGCGCCGUGCCCCAGCUGCUGUCCGCCGCCCCGCCGGCCCCCACCAGCGAGAUCGCCAAGACACCCGAGCGCCCCCGCCGGGGCGGCCCAGGGCUCCCCGACGGGCGGUUCCACCUGCCGCCCCGAAUCCACCGGGCCUCGGACCCCGGCCUGCCAGCGGCGUUCCUCCGCCCGGGAGCCAGGACCCCACAGGGCAUCCGAGCGUGGGCUGACGACUCCAAGGAGAAGCCCCUCCGAAAGGCGGCUGAGCCAGAGCUCGCGGGAACCCCAGACGGCUACCUUCCACCGGUGCCCAGGCAGGCUUCGCCCCAGAACUUGGGGGGCCCCAGCCUGGCGCACCCCCAGACCUUGCCCCUGCUGCACUCCCUCGUGGGCCAGCACAUCCUCUCGGUCCGGCAGUUUACCAAGGAUCAGAUGUCCCACCUCUUCAACGUGGCCCACACCCUGCGCAUGAUGGUCCAGAAGGAGCGCAGCCUGGACAUCCUCAAGGGCAAGGUGAUGGCCUCCAUGUUCUACGAGGUGAGCACGCGGACCAGCAGCAGUUUCGCGGCGGCCAUGGCCCGGCUCGGGGGGUCCGUGCUGAGCUUCUCCGAGGCCACGUCGUCCGUCCAGAAGGGCGAGUCCCUGGCCGACUCCGUCCAGACCAUGAGCUGUUACGCCGACGUCGUGGUGCUCCGGCACCCCCAGCCCGGGGCGGUGGAGCUGGCGGCCAAGCACUGUCGGAGGCCGGUCAUCAAUGCCGGAGACGGUGUCGGCGAGCACCCCACCCAGGCCUUGCUCGACGUGUUCACUAUCCGCGAAGAGCUGGGCACCGUCAACGGCAUGACGAUCACCAUGGUGGGGGACCUGAAGCACGGGCGCACGGUGCACUCUCUCGCCUGCCUCCUCACGCAGUACCGCGUCAGCCUGCGCUACGUGGCGCCCCCCAGCCUGCGCAUGCCCCCCGACAUCCUCAGCUUUGUCGCCGCCAGGGGCACCAAGCAGGAGGAGUUCGAGAGCAUCGAAGAGGCCCUGCCCGACACAGACGUACUCUACGUGACCCGGAUCCAGAAGGAGCGAUUUGGUUCUGCUCAGGAGUACGAGUCUUGUUUCGGCCAGUUCAUCCUCACCCCUCACAUCAUGACCCGAGCCAAGAAGAAGAUGGUGGUGAUGCACCCCAUGCCUCGGGUCAAUGAGAUUAGCUUGGAGGUGGACUCAGACCCCCGGGCCGCCUACUUCCGCCAGGCGGAGAAUGGCAUGUACAUGCGUAUGGCUCUCCUUGCUACCGUGCUGGGCCGCUACUAGCCCCCUCGGCCGUUGACUCUGCCAGCCUGGCUGCUGGGCAGGAUACCUGGUGCCCCCCACGGGGGCUGCCCCAUUCAACCUGGCACCUCACCCCCUAAUGCCCAAGAUUUUGGUCUGUGCCAGGCUGUGGGGCCGGAGAGACGGGGACCGGGGCCUCUAUCCACUCCGCCGGACCCCUGUCCACCCUUGGCCCCGGGCCCCAUCCACUGCCACGUCCGUCCAGAUCUCGGGUGACUCGGGAAUUGCUUGUCCGGUUAUAAUAAACAGCCGAGCCGCC